UCAGAAGAAGACGGAUGUUUGGUGAUGAUAUUUCCAACAGCUCCUGAACUGCACACCAGCCUGAACUGAACACCGGGGCCUUCAUCUCCUCUCUCACCGGGCAUCAACCACCAGCAACCGGCCAUGGCACGGAGGUUCUUCGUCGGGGGAAACUGGAAGAUGAACGGAAAUAAGGAGAGCCUGGAACAGCUGAUCACCACUCUGAACACCGCCAGCCUGGACGAUCAGACCGAGGUGGUGUGUGCUGCUCCUUCCAUCUAUCUGGACUUUGCUCGGUCCCUUCUGGAUCCUAGAAUUGGGGUCUCAGCCCAGAACUGCUACAAAGUGGCUAAAGGAGCAUUUACAGGAGAGAUCAGCCCAGCUAUGAUAAAGGACAGCGGGGCAGACUGGGUGAUCCUCGGACACUCAGAGAGGCGCCAUGUGUUCGGGGAAAGUGAUGAGCUAAUCGGCCAAAAGGUUGCUCACGCGCUGGAGAGCGAUCUCGGAGUGAUCGCCUGUAUCGGUGAGAAGCUGGAGGAGCGAGAGGCAGAUACCACAGAAGAAGUCAUCUACGCUCAGACACAGGUUAUUGCAGAAAAUGUGACGGACUGGGGGAAAGUGGUGCUGGCGUAUGAACCUGUUUGGGCCAUCGGCACUGGAAAGACAGCCACACCUGAGCAGGCUCAGGAAGUUCAUGAAAAGCUGAGGGCUUGGUUCACAGCAAAUGUAUCAGAUGAUGUGGCUGACUCCCUGCGCAUCAUUUAUGGAGGUUCAGUCACCGGCGCAAACUGCAGGGAGCUGGCGUCUCAGGGCGACGUGGACGGCUUUCUGGUUGGCGGAGCCUCUCUGAAACCGGAGUUUGUUGACAUCAUCAACGCACGUGCAUAAAGUGUAAAGACGAUCACUAAACUGGGAUCAUUUUCACACUAUUCUGUCACACUGCAGUUUUACGAGAACUAAGCUGACUCAUGCACAAACAAAUGUCUGUUUUACAUGAAUAUGUUGGUUUCUUUAAAUGUAAUUUAAUGCUUAUUUGUCUAAAAAGUGAGAUAUAAUUACCAUUGGCAUAUCUUCAGUAGUUUUUAAGUUGAAAAGGACAAUCUCAUUAUUACCUGCUCUUAGUUUAACCUGUGAAGUUUGUUUUUAAAUUGCAUCAAUCAGUGUCUGUUUACUUACUAAAUAAUGUGAUUUUCUUCACUCCUGUGACAUUUGUCUCUCCUGUAUUGUAACACACAGUCUGUAAUAAUUACUGUUGUAGACAUAGUUCCCUUACAUUAACAUAUGCAAAGGAAAUGUGAAGAGUCAGUGACUCAGUAGGUCUAAAAGCUUUAUGACUGUAUGUAGCUUAACCCUGGCUCAGGUUGCACUUUAGAAAAUGUAGCGAUCGGGGAACUGAUCAUUGUACACUGGAAGCAAAUAAAUAAAAUGUGGAAACACA